ACCAACCUCACCAGUCAAUGUUCCUUGUUUAAAACUCUUCCCAAGUUUGCUUGCAAUUUAUGUUUUUCAACUGCUUGCAACUGUAUAAAUCUUGGGUGUGACUCCAAAUACAGCUUCAUAUCAAUAACUAAAACAGGCCUAAUCUGCUUGAGAUAAUAUAUAGAGUCUGAUCUAAUCUGGUUUAAGGAAGAUGGGUGAAGACAAGCCUUCUAAGUUACUCUUAAUCUUUGUUCUUAUUGCAGACCUUGUGGCAUUUGGAUUGGCUGUUGCUGCAGAGCUUAACAAGAGCAGAGCUAGGCUGGUUCCAGAUGACUAUGAUGAAUAUGUCUAUUGUGUAUAUGACACAGACAUAGCAACUAUUUAUGGAGUGGGUGCUUUUCUGUUAAUUGGUAUAAGCCAUGGGCUGUUAAUGGUCGAUACAAAGUUUUUAUGGGGUGGAAUCUCUUAUAAGAAUCCAGGAACAUCUCAUGCAUGGACAAUUUUGUUAUUCAUAGUCUCCUGGCUCACUUUUGGCAUAUCAGAGAUUUGCCUUAUUUGGGGAUCAGUUAAGAAUACCGAUCACACUAAUCACAGAGGAAUCUAUAAUGUGACCAAUCUAACUUGUGAAGAAGUGCCCAAAGGAUUGUUUGCAGCAGGGGCAGGUUUUACAUUGCUCACCUUGGUUUUGAGUAAGUUGUACUAUAUUGCCUUUGUCAGAGGAAAGGAAAAUGAGAGCUCCAUGUUUCUGGUAUCUCUAGUGCCAAGUGAUGGAGAUCAUGUUGUUGGGAUAGACAACAGCCAGAAAAUUUGAUUGUGGGGAUGCCAAAUUUUGUAAAUCCCUUUCUUAGUUCUGUCUAAAUUGACAGCAAUAGUGCCUUGUUUGUUUAAGAUUUCAUAUUAUGUAGUUGAAGAUUGUUGAAUGGAUUUAAAGCCAAGUACAGGUGCCUCGAAAAUCAAGCACCCCAUUGUGGAUGAAAUGACAGUCAAGUGUUAAAGAUCUUAUGCUAUGUAGUUGAAGAUUGUUAUAUGGACCUAAAACCAAGUUCAGGUGCCUGAAAGUAAAGCACCCCAUUGUGGAUGAAGUGACAGUAAAGUGCCCUACCUGUUAAAGAUCUUAUGCUAUGUAGUUGAAGAUUGUUAUAUGAACCUAAAGCUAAGUUCAGGUGCUUGCGAGUCAAGCACAUCAUUGUGAAAGAUGUUUGUUACAGGUUCAUGAGACGAACCUCUCUUUCUGUAUUUAUAUGCUUCUACCUUAUAGUAAAUUUGAUUAGUGUCAUUGGACUAAA